AUGGAUACUUCCGGUGGUGGAUGGACAGUAAUACAAUCGCGUCAUGAUGGAUCGGUGAACUUCAAAAGAAAUUGGACAGAAUAUAAAGAGGGAUUUGGUUCCGUUUGUAAUGAAUAUUGGAUAGGUAAUGACAUCAUCCACCAAUUGACUAAAAACAACGACACGCGCAUCCAUUUCUCAAUCACUUUAACGAACGGCUCUACACUCUAUCAGGAAUACGACCGAUUUUCUAUCUCGGACGAGUUUGAUGCCUAUCGCCUAUUUCUCAGCAAACCAUCAACUGGGAGUCUUGGAGAUAGACUGAUUGAUACUGGAAGCAGUUUUGACGAUAUAGUUGGCAUGCCUUUUUCUACAAUCGAACUCGACAGGUGUGCUAGGGAUUACGGAGCCGGAGGAGGGUGGUGGUAUAACAGCUGCCAUGAUGCCUAUCUGAACGGGCCGUACAACUCAACCGCAUGGAAGCAACCGUGGGAUCCACCCAUACUAUAUGGAGUUGAAGUAUCUCGAAGUAAACAAUUUUCUAAUAGAGAUGAAACUUCCAGCUACCAACCACAAGACUCUAAGGUUACAGAGGAUGGACAUUCGUGGAAGAUUAUGAAAAUUAGAAAGAAAAGUAGCAGAAAUUUCAAGUGA